UUGAAGCCAAACUCAAGUUCUCAAACUUCCUGGACGACGUCGGUGGCAGAGUGCUCGUCCCAGGCAGCCUGGAGGCCUUCCAGAAACUACAGCCUCCCCCCCCUCCCCAGAGAUCCAGCUCUCUCAGCCCCAGAACCUGUCCCAGCACCACCACAGGGUCGGAAGACGACGUGAUCCAAGUGGAGUACCGGUGGAGGAGCAGUCCGCCCUGCUCAGUGGCACUGCAGCGGGGCAGGAUGCAGGAGGAGCAGGGUCCCAUAGAAAUGCCUGUGGGCAAAGCUUACCUGGAGACAGACAUUGACAGUGUCCGGAGGGAGGAUGAGCUAAAGGACAUUAAGUUCAAGAAGGAGAACACAUUGUCAACUCUGGAGAGGGAGAGGAAAAGGGGUUUGGUAGGAACAGUGGCUCCUCCAGAAUUGCGGCAGAAAACUUUGGGAAGAAUAAGGAGUCCAAGUCCAGUUUUGUGGGAUGAGGGACUAGUGAUGAGAUACCCCUACCGAUCCUUCUCUCUACCCAGAGAGAUCAGCAUGGUUCCUGAUGAGCAGAUGAACACCGUAAGCUCUUUGCAGGAGCAGAAAGAGGACCUCCGGAAGCGUCUGUCCUACACCACCCACAAGCUGGAGCUGCUAGAGAGCGAGUUUGACUCCACCCGACAGUACCUGGAGACAGAGCUACGCCGCGCCCAGGAGGAACUCGACAAGUUCACAGACAAACUACGCAGAAUACAAAGCAGCUACUCAGCACUGCAGAGGAUCAACCAGGAUCUGGAGGAUAAGAUCCAUAGAAAUUCUCAGCACCAUGACGACGAGAAGAGAGCCCUGAGCAGAGAGAUCAUCGUGCUCAACAACCACCUGAUGGAGGCCAAGCUGACCAUUGAGAAACUGAGGGAGGACAAUGAUCUGUACAGGAAGGACUGUAACCUGGCUGCCCAGCUGCUCCAGUGCAACAAGUCCCACUACAGGACCCAGCUUUCUGAGUUGCCUGCUGAAUUCCAGGAACGAGUGACCAUGCACAUGGAGGGCACACCUCUUUGCCACACUGCCUAUGCCGAUUCCGUCCCUGCCUCCGUCAUCGCCAAGGUGCUGGAGAAGCCCGACGAGGCCUGCAGCGGCAGCCAAGCCUCUAGCUCGCCUAGCCCCCAACCCCAGGACCAAGGCUUUCUCCUGGACACCCUGGACAGAGGUGAACGCCUUGGCCUCCGGGCAGCAUACAAGUCAGACCUGUACAGCAGCGACACAGCUCUGUACUGCCCGGUCGAUCAGAACCGUGAGCGCAGGCCAAGCAUGGACCUCCAUGGCCAGAGAAAGCUGCUCUACGGGCCCCAGAACUCCACAGAUAGUAACCCAGAGGAGGGUCCCUUGUUGGGACUGAGGUCUGGCUUCUCCCAGGAGUGCUUUGCCAAGUUCCCCACCUCUCUGGGCCCCACCUCGGGCAGCUCCUACUCCAGCUUCAGCGGAGGGGGCUCGGACGACAACAAGGGCAACGGCCCACCAAGCAGCACGGCCUCCUCUCCCCACCACCACUCCCUCUACAUGGACUGGAGGAAUGGGGGAGACUAUGAGAGGAAGAGUGACUCCUCCUGGGAGAGGGACAGUCCCGGCGGGGGCGGCUUCGCCAAGGUCCACGCUGUCUUCCAGCAGGCCGGCGGAGCACACCACCAGAACGGCAGCUCGCCUGUCUACAGCCGCACCAUGUCCUCGUGCUUCAGCGAGCCCUACGAACCCCUCCCUCCUUCCUCCUCGCCAAGCGUAGUCUAUGGAGACAGCCGCCGGGGCAGCACACUGGCGCCCGAGGAGGAGGAGCUGAUUGGUCGCUGGAGGCAGCUGAGUGUGGAGGACCUAAGCGCCCACUCGUACCACUCGCCCGGCCGGGCCUCGCCCUACAGCUUCUCCGAGCAGCACUUCUCCAUUCGGCCCGCCAAGAUCCGCCUGGGACCCCUCUACAGCAGCUUCCAGGAAGGGGCAGACUUCUACCACCAGGCAGGUGUAGGACCCAUCAUGGAAACCCCAGUGUGCUUCUCCACGCCCAGCCCCCAGUGUAGCCCUGUGGGGGGACUCCGUCAGUCCCAUCCGUCCCACAGCCAGCAAGCCCACCAGACCCAUCUCUACCGGGGACAGGAGGACAGCCAGGAGUCAGAGCACAGCCUCUACCACUCAGCAAGCUCCAAUGACAGGGAGGGCAGUGUCGGUGUAGCAGGGGCCGGGGUAGGAGGUGGAGGGCAGAACAAGGAGUACGAGGACGUCAGCCCAAACAGCUCCACUGAGUCCCUAAACCAGAGGUCCUUGGAGAUGGCUGCCGAGCUGCAACAGCACUACCAGACCGAGAUGCAGCAUCCAUCGCCCCCCCAGGGCAGUCCACCACCGCCCCCGCUACCACCUUGUCCCCCUCCCCCGCAAUACCAAACAUUUGGCACGUUAGGACUCUCCAGAAAGGACAGUCUCACCAAAGCCCAGCUGUAUGGAACACUUCUGAACUGAGAGAAGAAGGGAUUCUCAUCCUCUGACUUACUGUUCUUUCUUUUCCUUAAUCUCUUUCCCUGGUGGGAUGUGAGGUGAGAGGUCUUGGUAGAUCCAGCAAAACACAUUGAUUAGUGUGAGUCUAGCCGUUCAGUUGAAGGACAUUCAUUUUGAUAGGACAUUUGGACGAUACAGUAGGUUAAGCAUGAAUUCAUCAGAUUGUUGCCACAGCUGUGAAAAACUGACAAAAGUGUGGUUCGCAUCACUACAAUGAACGUGUAAGAUUGUCUGGGUCAGGUGAAUUGACAAUUUAUUACUGUGCGAAAUGAGUGAGGAAUAUAGGAAAAGACUCUGCUACCUUUGGUACAUUUGGUACAUAAAAUAGUAUUUGGAGGUACCAGAGACCACAGUUGUGGAUGAAGGAAGUAUUUAAAGUAACUGUUGAAAUAUAUAAAUAUAUUUAAUUACAACUACAACAAUUGAGUGUUCAAAGACAUAUUUUGUUUGUAGUUGCAUUCAAAAGAAAAUAUAAAACUGAUGCUUGUAAAGAAAUGACGACAAUUGAAUCAGAUGUGGACACCAACACAUUGUAAAUAUGUCUGGUUAUUAAGAGCAUCUGCAAAUCAAAGAGAGAUAGUUGGAAUGUUAAAGAAGACUGUCAAAAUUGCACAUUGAGAUUUGUUUGUCAAUCACAGGCUGAAUACUGAAUACUGUGCUGCAUUUCUGCAGAGUAAAAUAUGUAUGACAAUGGGGCAUGGGUUAAAGUUGCAGCACUAAGAGGUGUUUGUAACUCAAAAAUAGAGAUGCCCCUAGCCUAAACCCAUUUGAGUGCAGCUCCAUUGAUUCGUUCAGUUUUUGCUUUGACACCAUUUUGAAAUAUCCAGAGCGCUUAAAGAGACCGUUCGAAGUAUGUAUCAUUUUGCUACUGAUGGACUUCUUUUGAGAUGUAAACAUUUGUCUUACCCGUUGAUGUUAUUUUUGCUCUAUAACCCUUGGAGACAUUUUCCUGUCCCACUCUACCUCAGAUGCCCACACCCCAAUCAAGCAACCACAAAUCUGUUUCUAUCACACAAUGAUGCAUGUUUCUAUAUUUCUGUUGUGUUUCAUUUAACCUAAUAAAGCACAAACCACACAUGUCGAUGCUC